AUGCCAUCGAUUCUAAGUGCUUUCCAGGCUAGAUUAGUAGGUUCUGGUGUAUUCUACACUAGUGAUCAGCUAGUCAAUUCUAUUUUGUCAUUGCAUUUUCGUAUUCAUUUCCAUUUAAAUGGCGAUGAUUCAAGCCAAAUUUCUCCGUCAACAGCUAAAGUUUUACUUGAAGAAGCUACUGAUUUAUUAAGUCAAAGAAGUGGGAAUGAAGUUCUGAAUAACCUCUUCAAGAAAAUAUUAAACAAUUCAGUAGGAAUCAUCUACUACUCGUUAGGUGAAGAAAAAGAUGCACAAAGUUAUUUCGAUAAUGGAAAUCUACUCACUGUCAAUGAGCCAACUUACAAUGAUUUUGCUACCUAUUUGAAUCUGGAAAAUUUAUACUACAGAAAUCUAAUUGCACCAGCCAAUAAAAGUUCAUGUCUAUUGGAUGCACUAAAAAUUUUAGGCAAUAAAUUACCUUCUCAAUCAUGUGGAUUAACUUACCAAUAUCUAUCAGAUAUUUUAAUUGAACAAGGAAAAAGUAAACCACAAGAUUUUAAAGAAUUCACUUCUCAAAUCGAGAACAAUGAUGGUGUUUCAAACGUCGUACUUGCAUAUUUUGUUUUACAAAUGUAUGGUUCAAGUACUCCGGGAUUCGAUGAAUACGUCUUUGCUAUGGGUGACAAAAUACUGAAAAAAUCAAAGUUUCCUAUGGCAAACCAAACAAACAAUACAGAAUUGGACCAUUUCCAUUUCUUCUUAAAGAAUUAUUUUAGAGAUAUUCAAAAACAAAACAAGAAAAUUACCAUAUCUAAAAAUUGGAAAUCGUUUAUCGUUUCUUCAAUUGGGAGCACUUUCCAAAGUGCAAAUGUUGCAAAAUCUGGUAUGUUAUAUUUUGGUAUCUUUGGAAGUUCAGACAAUUGUAAAAUUGAGUCAAUACUAAAUUUUGUAAACUUUGUCAAAUAUAGCAAGCGCGUGAAAGAAACAGACUCUGAUGAUGACCCUAAGUCAGCCAAGUAUGAUAACCUCAUUUCAGUCAUUGAUGCAUAUGCAUUUAUAUUGCAACUUACUAAAAAUGAAUCAUCUGAUAUCGAGAAUGUCUUCAAUUUCCAAAAUACCCUAUCUUGUUUAGAAGAAUUAUUAAAAGAAUUUUACUCGCAAAACUUAAUCACAUAUAUUACAGAAUCAGAUUGUUUAGAUUGGUCAAAACUAUUGAAUAGAGUGAAAUCCCCAAAUACGGUAUCUGACAUUAUCAGAAAAGGAUGGGAAAUAUUAUACGAGUUCAGGAAUAAUGAUUUAAAUUCUCAACUUUAUUGUGCGUUAUCAACAUUCCUGGCAAAUGCUAUUUGCAUGGCCAGAGAAGAUAAGCCAAGUGUAAGAUCAGAAUUACAAUUUAAAUAUGCAUAUACACUUGCACAAGGAAGACAGAUCGAAUCCGCAGUAGAUUUUCUUAAAUCUGUCGUUUUAGAAAAGUAUCCAGAAUUUUACAAAGCAUGGCACUUACUCGCUUUAUGUGAAUCUUCUAUACAUGAAGAUAAGGAAGUAUCAUUCAAAAUUGUUUGCUCAGUCCUUGAAGCCAUGAAAGAAGCUUAUGAAGAGAAAAAACUAUCGACAAUUGAAAGAUGGCAAUUUAUACAAAUGAAAUUAACCCAACUAGGUAUUAUAGAAGAAAUUUUUGGAACAUUAGAAGCUCUAGAGUUGCUACCAGAAGUUUUUCAAUUAUAUGCACAAUUAUUUCCUGAAGGAGAGACAAAAUAUGAUAGGAUCGGCCCUGAAUAUUCCGAUACAAAGGAGUACUUAUUACAAUAUAUCUGGUUGUUUGCAGCCGAUAUGUAUGUUAGAUUGGAUGAUGAACAUUUCGAUGACGCAAAAGAAGCCAUUACCGAAGCCUUGAAUGUUACUUCUGCAUUUAAAAAUUUGAAUUGUAAUUUAUCAAAUGGUUAUCUAUUAUUAGGAAAAGGGGAAUUAAAAAAGGCAUUGAAAGAAUUCGAGACUGUACUAUUCUAUGAUGACUGCAAUCCUGCUGCAAUGAUAGGGUUUGCAGAAAUUCUAUUCCCUGAAGAAGAAGGUGAUGAAAGCGACCAACUAGUAGAGAAUUACUAUAUGUUAACUAAAAAUUCCAAAGAGACUACCAAGAAGGAAAUUGAGGUAUUUGCUAAUAACAAAGAUAAGUCAGCAGCAUACGCUAGACUAAAAUUUCUAUUAGAAUAUUCAUUGACAAAAUCAAUAGAAGCAUAUAACUCUCCUGAGGUAUGGUGGUAUUUAGCCUUGAUAUAUGAGAAAUACCAGGACAGUCGUUACAAGGAAACUCUAUUAAAUUGCAUUAGGUAUAAGGAAGCCGCUCCGAUUCGUAAGUUUAAAUUCUGUAAUUAUUAA